GUGGUAAAUGGUGUCCAACUUACUGGUGCGUGCAGUUUUUAAUGAAAACGCAGAUUUUAAAAGCGCUCGUUUUUAUUUUUGCAGCUCUCCUGAGGUGUGUGUUCACCACUUGUCAUGGCUCACCGUUUGUUUGAAGGCAAAGAGCAUGCGUCCUCUUAUCGGAAGUACAGGAUUGCUCCAUCGGAUCACCUGAUUGAGCAUGUGAUCGACUUUGCGGGAAAACAGAAAGGUGGUCCAUUAGAGCUCGCAGUGGACGUGGGCUGUGGGUCAGGUCAAGGUACCGUGCAGCUGGCCAAACACUUUGCUUCUGUGGUGGGAACGGAUAUUAGCCCUGCCCAGAUACAGGAGGCUUUGGAGCAUGCUAAAGAGCCAAACAUUACAUAUAGGCAGUGUGUGGCCGAGGAGCUGCCGUUUGCCGACGGCUCGGUGGACCUGAUAACUGCCAUGUCUGCCUUCCACUGGUUUGACAGGCCACGCUUUCUCCAGGAGGCCCAUCGGGUCCUGAAGCCUCACGGCUGCUUGGCUCUGCUCAACUACACCGUCGAGAUGGAUCUCAGCUACCCCGGUUGCUGCUUGCAGUCACUGAACCAAGUCUGCAAAGAGUUUUACGCAGCAUUACAUCCUUACCGCAGUCCUCACCUUGGUGCCAGUUCUAUUGAGCUGUACCGGGAAGCCUACACAUCCAUCCCUUAUGCUAACAAGGAGUGGCAUGAAAGUGUGUGCGUGAGAAGAGCCAUGCCACUGUGCAGCUACAUGGGCUUGGUAGAGUCCUUCUCCAGCUACCAGGCUAUGCUCAGAGAUGAUCCCCAGAAGGCUACCGGGCUCUCACAGGACAUUUGUCAAAGGCUGAUGUCCAUCAUGCAGGUGACGUCUGCAGAGACACAGGUGAUGCUGGGCGUCAAGUAUUUCUACCUAGUAGCUAAAAAGGACUUGUAGUCAAGUGAGCAGUAUUGAAAUAUCAAAAGUGCCUGUAUGUCUCUAGGAGUUUUGUCAAAACAUUUUUAUUUCCUCUUAGAAAUAAAGGCGUCAGUAAGCGAC